AUGGAAAGCCAAAAUUCAUCCCUCAAAAAUCUGGAAAUUCAGUUAAGCCAAUUGGUGGCUCUUGUGUCAGAAAAGAUUCAGGGUCCCUUACCAAGCAAUACAGAGAAAAAUUCAAAGGAGCACCUUAAGGCCAUCACUUUAUGGUCAGGUAAGGAACUUGAUGAACUUUAUGCAGACAGACAAGAAAAGAACCAGACAGAACAACAGGUAGACAAAGGUAAGAAUAUUGAAAAACCAUCUGAACCAUCAAAGGAGAAAGAAAUAACGAAUAAGGAAGAAAAAAUUUCUGAAAAAAUGACUGCCCCACCUGUGACAAUUCCUUUUCCACAAAAAAUGAAUCGAGAAAAACUUGAUGGUCAAUUUGCAAAGUUUUUGGAAUUCUUGAAACAUAUUCAUAUUAAUAUUCCUUUCACUAAUGCUUUGUUUGCUAUACUUCAAAAUAAGCUACCACAAAAACUUGGUGAUCCUGACAGUUUUACCAUUCCAUGCACAUUGGGAGGAGUAUAUUUUGAAAAAGCACUUUGUGAUUCUGGAGCUUCAAUAAAUUUGAUGCCAUUUUCUAUCUUUAGAAAAUUGGAUCUUGGUAAAAUGAAGGACAUAGGUGUUUCUCUUCAGUUUGCAGAUCAAAGUACUAAGAAACCUAAGGGAAUAAUUAAAAAUGUGCUUGUAAUAGUAGAUAAGUUUGUGUUCCCUGUAGAUUUUAUAGUGCUUGAAAUAAAAGAAUGUCCUGAUGAACCAAUAAUUUUGGGUAGACCAUUUCUUGCUACAGGAAGUGCAAUCAUAGAUGUUCAUCAAGGGCAGCUAAUUUUGAGUGUUGAUGAAGAAAGAGUCAUUUUUUAUAUGCAAAAGAUAAUAAGAUUUUCAGGAGAUGAGGCAUCAUCUUCAUGCUUUUCUAUUGACAUGAUUAGUGAUCUUGCAGAUGAAUUCAAAGAUGAUCAAUUAAUUGCUGACUAA